AUUUGAAAAAUAGGCAAAUGCAUAUUUGUUUAUUUUUCUGUCUGCUGCCUGAAAUUUUUCUUUCCUUUUUCCUGAAUUAACCAUAAAACGCAUAGUUUCAAUUAUAUUAAUAAAUCAGUUUUUAAAAUAAUUAAUUAAAGAAACAGAUACUAUUCUCAGAACAUAGUAUUUUUGGUGUUUAGAAGUAUCUUCUAUAUUAAAGAUGAAACUAUACGAAACGGAUGCAAAUAGUAUUCAAGUACGAUUAAAGUAUCUUCGUAAUGAAGAAAAAUGGAUCAGGGACUGUAAAAAAUUUUUAGAUCAAGAAUUGUUUCGUUUGCAGAUAGAUGAAUUGAAUAUUAAGUCUCAGAUAAGAACCAGGCGCAUUAAGGAAGAAAAAGUUCAAAUGGAACAAGAUUCUAAAUCAGGAAGUGGAGUUGAUGUAGAGAUUCUUGGAACGGUCCAGAAAAAUAAAAAUGUUUCCCAAGGCACCAGAAAUCCUGCUCUAUGUAAUGGACAGUCAUCACAAUAUUUAGAGCCUUUAAAUCUUAUUACACCUGAUUUUGAGGAAUUUCAAAUUGAUAGUGAUUAAUGGAAGCGAUUCAAGCAAAAUUUAUGGCUGAAGGAAACAAAGUAGACAGCCAUCAUAAGAUGAAAGUGAUGAUGAAAAUAAACCAUUUUCCAGUCUUUGCAUUCAUUUUGUAAAUAAAAGUUCAUGAAUAAAUACUGCACUAUGUAGAAUGUAA